CGAGCACGACACCCUAGCGCAAGCUCUGCCAGGGCAAUUGAGGUGUCACGGCAGCACCGUGUCAUCUCGCAUGGUGCCAGGGGGCGCGGUGGCGGAUAGAUUGAGCAUGCCGAGUUAUUUCGCGCGGGUUGUUAUUUGGACUUGGACCGCAUCCAGGGGCAUCGCCGAGUGUCUCCACGUGUUGUGUAUGUUGACCAGGGUCAUGUUCGAGGCUGGGAACGUGCAGUUCCUCAAGCUGGCGAAGGUGUGGUUGAUUCGAUUGGUAACUGGCGGCAGCACCACGCUUCUGUGUGGGCAGCUUGUCCAGACGAACUUCUGGCCAGGAAGGGGUGACGACGUGCCGACUACUCUCCUAGCUAUCAACAGCUUGCUCCACUGGAUGUGGUUACUUUUACAGUUGCGCGCCUUACCAGCUACAGGAAAGAAGCUCCUUCCUAUCAUCAAAUCAAUCAAGACAGUUGCACCCAUGCUCCUGAUCGUAUUUUUUCUUAUGAUGGCUUUUGUCCACAGCUUCUGGGCAUUGGACCUGGAAAUGGCUGGUGACGUGAGGUUCUUCGAGGUGGCUAAUUUGUUGUUUACUGGUGAGAACUUGUUUGUCAGCCGCCAAGACUUGGAUGACGAACCCGCUGGCAAGAGAGUGCUGCUAAUGGGCUUCACUCUGACAGGACUGUUUGUUUUCUUAGCGUGUGCUCUCAACAUUUUCAUCGCGGUGAUGGGCGACUGCUACGACCUGGAGCAAGAACGCAUGACGUGUUCGUUCCUGCAGGAGAGGGCGCGGAUCUGUUGCAGCGCUUGCCUCGGGCUGAAGCUUCAUCGCAACGGAGUGUGGCCAGGUGCAGCGGCGACAUUCCUUGCGGCGGCCGUCAUCGUUGUCGGCGUGGUUGUUCACAUGUUCGUGUCGGCGGCGCUCGGCGCCUGGGCAGUGGCAGCUGGGCUUGCUUCGACCGUCGAGCUGCUCAGCGCAUGGCGCGUGGCGAACAUCACACACAAGUGGUCCGACAGGUACCUGUGGCUGUGCUACAGAGACUCCGUGGACGAGCACGUGUUCCUCACGGCUGCCGUUGCCGACGAUGCCGUGGACCUCGGGCGCAGCACGCGGCUCAAGCAGCACCUUCACUGCCGCGUGCAGGACAUGGAGGACAAGAUGGGCGAGAUGAUGAGACGGCAGGACUCCCUCCUGGAGAUGAUGGGCCAGCAAAGCUCUCUCCUGGAGCGGCAGCUCGAAGACCAGGCGGAGCUGCGCGCCGCCGUCUCGCAGUUGCGGGCCAGUCAGCGGGAGCAGGGCGAGGUGUGCAGGGAGCUGCUGCAGCUGCAGCAGGCCGCCAGCCGCUCCGCGGGCGAGGCUUCCAGGAUUGGCAGGGCCUUCUGCCGCGCCUCCGAGCGCCGCCCCGCCGGUGCCCAGCCCGCCCUGCGGGACCGCCGCCAGGGCCUCCGCGCCAAGCGGCGCCGGCUCCUGCGCGAGCUCGCGGCGCUGCCGCAGGAGCUCCCCGGCCCGCCGGGCGCGGAAGCUUUUGCCGAGCAGCAGUUCCUGGCCCUCUGCGCGGGCGCGCGGGUAGACCUGAACGAGCACGGGUACCCCCUCAGGGCCGAUGCCAAGGAUUGCCAGCACUAUGUCAAUACGGGCGAGUGCAAGUAUGGGGCUCAAUGCAGGUACAACCACCCCUGCUUCAGUCGAGCGAGCUCUAAAAGUGGCGACGAUUGGCAGAAGAGUAAAUGGGCGAGGGGCUCUUGGGAGGAGUGGAAGACUGGUAAGGACGAGAACUGGAGAAAGGAGGGGCGUUCCGACAGUGGCGAUGCCUGGCAUCAGGAGAACAACUCACGAGGUUAUGUUGCUUCGGAGCGUUGGGAGGACUGGAAGACUGGAAUGGCCGAUACUUGGCAGAAGGGAGCACCACCAAAGCAGCAGGAAUGGACGGACCGGUAUGCACAGGGUCGCGACGCUGAGGUCAAGCUGAACGAGUCUGGAUACCCCCGCAGAGCCGAUGCCAAAGAUUGCGAGCACUACGUCAGAACAGGCGAGUGCAAGUUUGGGGCGCAGUGCAGGUACAACCACCCAAGCUCAGGUCGGGCGAGCUCUGCUGGACAGUGGGCUGCGAGUCAGGGGCAAGACUCAACGUCAAGGCAGUCUGCUUGGCAGUCAGAUGCGUCUCAUGCUUCAUUUCAGACUGCGAGACGUUGGGAGGAACGGAAGAACGGCAAAGCCGAGCACUGGCAGCAGGAAAACAAGGAGUCGCAACCGAGGCAGCAGGAGUGGAGAGAACCGCGAGAAUGGAGUCGUGACGCCGAUGCCGAGCUGAAUGCGAAAGGGUUUCCUCUGCGGCCUGGUGAACAAGACUGCCAGCACUACGUCAAGACUGGCGAGUGCAAGUUCGGGGCGCAGUGCAAGUGGAACCACCCGGAGUACUCCUCCAGGGCGCCCUGGGCGCGGGAGCGGGAGCGGGAGCCGCCGCACCGGGCGAGGCCGAGGGCCGAGGCGGGGGGCGCCCGGGCGGACGAGGGCCGCCCGCCCCAGCCCAGGGCCGGGCAGGGGGCGGCCAGGCAGAGGGAGGCCGACGGCGGCGAGCCGCAGGAGGACGCCGCGCUGGCUGCCGAGGACGUGGAGGAUGAUGGUGAUGACCGGGGGGCCGCCGAGGAAGCGGAGGAGCAGCUGGAGCCAGAGGAGGAGGAGGAGGAGGAGGCCGAGGAGGCGGCAGAGGACGACGCGGCGGACGUGGCGGAGGAGGUGCCAGAGGAGGCGGCCGAGGAGGCAGAGGAGGAUGCCGCGGAGGAUGAUCCGGCGGCGGAGGAGGAGGCGGCGGCGGCAGAGGAGGAGCUGCAGCGCGGCCUGGACAGCCUCCGGCGGUCGCUGCCGGGGGGCGCGGGCCCGCUCCCCGCUGCGUCCGCCGCGGCCGGCGGCCGCCGCGCUCCGGCGCGGCCUUCUAGCCGCUUGCCGGACGAGGACGAGCCGACCACCGUGGUUGUGCCCGCGGCCGAGGCCGAGGAGGAGGAGGAGGAAGAGGAGUUCGAGGCCGAGGGCGGGUACGACGUCGAAGAGGCGGCGCCCGUCGCGGGCGGCGCCCGAGGCGCCGCGCCCAGGCGGCCCGCCGGGCGGCCCACCGCCUCGACCGCGGCCGAGGCCGACCCCGAGGUGGCUCUCCCUGGCCUCCGCCUGAUCGGCGUGCCCGCGGAGUUCGAGGAGGGGGACGUCCGCAGGCUGCACGACGGGACGGAUGUGGCGGACGCGCAGGUGGUGUCCGUCGAGUUGGAGGACCCGAGCGGCGGGGCGCGGUGCUGCACCGUCCGGUACCAGGUGAACAGUCUGAAUCGCCAGAGGUUGCCCGAAUGUAGUCGCGCACCGCGCGUCGCGGCCUGGUCGCGUCGCGCCCAGGCGGCCCUCGCAAGUGCGAGAAGAUAUCCGCGCGUGGCGCAUCCCUGACAUCCGCCAGUGAAAUUCGUUCAAUCCGCAGCGCCAGACCGCUU